AUGUUGGUUUUGUGUUGUAUCUUUGUCACGUCAGUAAUACAGUGCAUCCCAACCGUCCACGCCACCAUGUCAUUCCUACCUAACGCUUCGCUCCCUGAGCUACCCACCAUCCCGGAUACUGUACCGCUCUGUGAAUUCAUGUUUGAUGAGCGUCAUGGACGGUGCCCGUUUGCCGAAUCACUAAACGCAUACACUUGUGGCCUUAGCGGAUUGAGCAUAUCAGCAGAACAUCAGAAGACUCAAGUAGACUUUAUCGCAAGGUCUCUUGCUCACGAGCUCGGAUGGCAUGUCAACCGGGGGAGUGAAUUCGACAAGGUUGUCGGGAUUUUCGCACUGAACACUAUAGACAUAAUGGGACUUUCCUGGGCCAUUCACCGCGUCAAUGGCAUAUCUUCCCCUGCAAAUGCAAUGUAUAGUGUCGAAGAGUUGACCCAUCAACUAUUGACAUCUCAAUGCAAGGCUUUGUUUACUGUUCAACAGCUUCUCCCCACCGCACUAAAAGCUGCCGAGGCCGCCGGGAUCCCCAAAGACCGGGUUUAUCUCUGCGAAAUGUCGUGGCAAACCAGUCGAGAGACUCAAUCAAGUUUCAAAACACUAGCAGACCUUUGUGCCCAAGGUAAACUACUUCCGGAAUUGGAGCCUAUCAAAUGGGAAAAAGGCCAAGGCCAAAGGCAAACUGCAUUCUUGUGUUAUUCCAGUGGCACAUCUGGGCUUCCCAAAGCUGUGAUGAUAUCACAUCAGAACGUAAUUGCAAACAUCAUACAGCUUAGCCUAUUUGAUCAAAAAGAUCGGGAUAACAUUGCUCAUCGCCAUCGAGAUAUUGGAUUAGGGCUUCUGCCACAAUCUCACAUAUACAGCCUAAUCAUUAUAUGUCAUGCAUCCACCUACCGAGGAGAUUCAGUCAUCGUUCUUCCAAAAUUUGAUCUUGAGACAUAUCUACAGACUAUCGAACGGCACAAGAUCAACACUCUAUAUCUUGUUCCGCCGAUCAUUAUAUCUAUGAUCAACAACCUGGAAAUCAUGAGCCGGUAUGACCUGAGCUCAGUUAAGCGCGUUUGGGUCGGCGCAGCCCCUCUGGGACUUGAGGCUACCAAUGCACUACUCUCAAGUUAUCCGUCCUGGAAAGUCACUCUGGGAUAUGGAAUGACUGAGACCUGUGUUGUGGUCACCUCUGGCACGCCAAGAGAUAUCGUUGUAGGCAGCUCCGGUUGGCUGCUACCAGGAUUUGAGGUACAGCUUCUCGACACCGAUGGCAAUAAAAUAACCGCCUACAACGAACCGGGAGAGGUCUGUGUGAAGUCACCGAGUGUGGUUAUUGGAUAUCUCAAUAACGAAGCUGCCAACCGGGAGACAUUUGUCAAUCUUCCUGAAGGACGUUUCAUCAAGACAGGUGAUAUCGGUGAGAUGAGAAAAGAACCUAGCGGAUAUGAGCACUUGUGGAUUGUUGACCGUAUCAAAGAGCUCAUCAAAGUCAAGGGUCACCAGGUUGCUCCAGCAGAGUUGGAAGCAUGUCUUCUGGGACACCCAAGCGUGGCAGAUUGCGCUGUGAUCCCCAUACCUGAUGAGCGUUCCGGAGAAAUUCCUAAAGCAUAUGUGGGCCACGAAGGUUGUGGACAAAUUGUGAAGAUUGGCGAUCGCGUAACAAACUCAAAGUUCAAAGUCGGGGACAUUGUUGCGUUAAAUGCUGUCCCUGGAUGUGGCUCUGCAGAUUGCGCGGAAUGCUCUAGAGACUUGGCUCAACUUUGUGAAAUAGGCCAUCAUUCCGGCAUUGGACAAGACGGCUUCUAUGCACCUUACGCAGCCAUUAAUAUUCGCGGCCUGGUUCAUGUGCCGAAAGGAGUAACUCCAGCAGAAGCUGCAGUUGCGACUGACGCCGUGACAACAGCCUAUCAUGCAGUUCAUAGGAGGGGAGAGGUGAAGCAAACGGAAACAGUCUUUCUUUUUGGACUCGGAGGCCUGGGUUUCAAUGCCCUACAAAUCGUGUUGAACAUUGGGGCACGAGUCAUUGUUUCUGAUAUCAGAGUGCAACUUCUCGAGGAGGCCGCCGCACUUGGAGUUCCGAAACACGACUUGGUUCCCGUUGGGAAGCCUGUCCAAGAAUUUGUGGUUGAGAACGGGCUGACAGGCAAGAUCGAUACAGUUUUGGACUUUGUCGGAACUCACCAAACAUUCGAGGAUGCACAGCAUAUUGUUCGUCGGGGCGGCAAGCUACUAUGCAUCGGUAGUCUUGAUACGGAAAACACCAUUCACAUGAAGAUUGGUACCAGAAAGCGACUCAGUUUCAUUUUCUCGUAUGGAGGACAAGUUAGAGACUUGGAAGAAGUAUUGCAACUCAUUGCUGAUGACAAGAUCAGACCUCGCGUUGAGUCUGCAACUUUGAAAGACUUUCCAGACGUGUUGAACCGCUUAGAGAAGGGGGACAUCAAGUCACGCAUUGCGUUGAUUCAUGACUAA